AUGACUACCGCGGUACCAGCAUGCAAGAGGCUUCUGAUUGUUGGAGCAUCGGGGCUUAUCGGCCUACGCAUUACGAAAGCCAUAGUUGAAAACAAACAGAGCUUCGAUAACAUCGCCAUAUUCACCUCGCCCAAUACUGUUCAAACCAAAGUUGAGUUUAUUAAAUGGUUGAAAGAUGAAGGAGUAGAGAUCAUCCAAGGCGAUGCAACAAAUAAGGAAGACAUCAGCAGGGCGUACAAAGAUGUCGACACUGUCAUAUCAGCGGUUGGCAGAAAUGCCAUUGAGACGCAAAUUGAGUGGAUUCGCCUGGCCGAUCUCAACCCAGCCGUUCACAGGUUCUUUCCUUCAGAGUAUGGUACAGACAUUGAGUAUGGACCUAAGUCGGUCGACGAGAAGCCGCAUCAGAAGAAGCUCAAAGUCCGCGAGGCCAUACGGGCUUGUCAGAAUCUCGACUAUACAUUCCUUGUGACAGGACCCUAUGCAGACGGUGAUGCGGGUCUUUACUUUGGGCCAAGUACCGUUGCAAAACCAGCUGGCCACUUCGACGUCAAGAACAAGGAAGCCACCUUGCUUGGAGAUGGAAGCUUGAAAGUCAGCUUCACGACGAUGAGAGACGUUGGGAAACUACUUGUGCUUGCCUUGCUUCAUCCGGAGGAAAGUCGAAAUAGGGCUUUGAAGGUCAACUCGUUCACCACCACGGACCUGGAAAUUCUGCAUGAAUUUGAGAAACAGACGGGUGGAGACCCGUGGAAGGUGUCAUACACAAACGUAGCAGAAUUGUCAAGACUGGAGAGCGAGGCGUGGGAAAAGGGCGUGCCUUAUGCCACCAUUUUCACCCUGAAGAGAAUCUGGGCCGAGGGUGGAACUCUCUACGAAAAGAGAGACAAUGGCCUCAUCGAAGGGGAGACAGUCGUCGAGACAUUGCAAGAUGCUGUAGCAGAGUCGAUCAAGGUGCAGACGGCCUGA